AUGCUAAGCUCAGACGCCAACAACAACAGGAGAUCAGCAUUCAGACCCCGGGCGCAAUUCCCUUCACGUCGUGAGAAGCUCUUUGAGCCGAACACAAACACCAACACAAGGCAUCAAACUCCGCCGCCAAGACAGGUUGUAAAACCAUUUGUUGACCAACAGGGCUCCACAUCGCCUUUAUCGACGGCAUCGUCACCAACUUCGUCAGUAUCAUCCUCAUCAUCAACAACAUCGAGCUGCCCAAGAUGCGGCUUCGACAACUCUCCCACAUCGUCCGCGGCCACGUCGCCCACUGCUUCAACCCGCGGUGAAGACGGCGAUCCGACGUCGCUGGCCGACGCCCAACGCCAGAUUGAGGAGUUGCGGCUGCAGGUGCGCACGCUCAACGAGAAAGCCGCCGUGGCCGUCGAGAAGUGGGCCGGCUACGAGGACGAGCUGGCGCGGUUGCGACGGCAGCUCAAGAACUCGUCCGCCACGGCCAGCAGCAACCAACCUCAAGCCGCAGCAGCGACAGCCGGAGCAACGCACGGCAUAGGCUCCUUCUGGAGCGGCAGGACGUCGUCUUUGUCGCCGCCCCCACCGGCCGCCGCUCGCGACAGGUCGUCGGCGUCGUCGUCCAAGAUGGACAAAACCACCGACGACUUGCUGAUGGUGCUGUCCAAGGAGCAGCAGCUGCGCGUGACGGGCGACCAGACCCUGGACGAUUUGCUGGUCGCCCUGACGCGGGAGCAGCAGCUGCGGGCGGCCGCCGAGGCGCGCGAGCUGGACGCCAGCCGCGAGGUCGAGGAGCUGAGCGCGUCGCUGUUCGAGGAGGCAAACCAGAUGGUGGCUACCGAGAGGCGCGCCAGAGCCAAGCUGGAGGAGCGCGUCGACGUCUUGGAGAAGAGAGACGCCGAGAAGAAGAGGAGGCUGGAGAGGUUGGAGCUGGCCGUCGGCAGGAUACAGAGGGUCAAGAAGCUGCUCCAGGAGUCGUGA